AUGAAAUGUGAGUGGGAUAAGCCGGUCCAGCGACGUCGGCAGCGAGUCUUCGGUCAACCCGUGAAAGCGACUUCCACUCCCUCCAGCACACCCGAUUCAGCGCAACCACCAACAGAAGCCUCACCAGCCAGCGAUGAACAGAAGUCACUGAUCUAUUCAGGACUUGAGGAAGCUCCAAGCACGUUUGAGAAUUGCGAGAAACAAGAUGGCGAUUCUCGGCUUGUCUUGGACACCAGACAGCAGCUUAGCCCAGUCUACAGCGCUAGGACUAACUCCCCCCAAUCCGCACUCUCAACCAGCCAUAUUCCCCUGUCAAACUCCUUGAAGCUCUGUCCACAAGACCAUGAAUGCUUCCAAUACAUUCCCAAUUCAUUCCUCGUGCAGUUCAUCGGGAAACCAUGGCAAUGGAGCAUGCUUUCGUACGUCCAUUCAGAAAUCGCGAGUUACGAAAGUGGAGUCAUGAGGGCCUUUAUCGCGCUCGCUUCAAUGGAACUUCGAUGCAGAUACAUGUCUUCCCACUCUGGAGAUUCUGGAGACAUUGCAACUGCGCAGCAGCAUGAGAUACUCGCCACUGAUCAUUAUCACCAGGCUCUGAGAGAUCUAUCGCGCCUUUUAGAUCGAGCCUCUCAGCCGGCGAGAACCGAUCGGGACCUUGAUUCUUUGUUUGCGACGUGGUUCCUUCUCCUAUGGGUUGGAUACUACAACGUCGAGCUAGCCAGAGCUUCUCAAGUUCAUCUGAGUGGCAUCCGCAGCUUUCUUGUGGAAGAUGUGCAUGGUCCUAGAGGCCAACUCUGCCUUCCGCCCGCAUCGCAACAACUCCUUUAUUUCAUCUCAAUCGUCGAUACACACCUCGCACUUGGCAACCUAGGGGUGGGCCAAUUGACCCAGGAACUAUUGCAGGCCGAUUCACACUUGCACCAAGAUCGAUUAUUUCAAGAAGCACGCACUUGUCUCCCAAGGAUGUGGGGACCGGAAUACCCUGCUGAGCAGCUGCUCGAUGAUCUUGAAAACUAUCGGCCCCUGAGUUUUAUACAGGCAUGCGCAAAGCUCAAGGUGGAGGUGUGGAACUUGGGCCUCGCGUUGAGGGGGCUGACUGUCAACCAAAGCAGCCUCGAUCAAUUGUGGCAGAAGAUAAAACACAAUGGCCAGGACUUCCUCGAUGUCCUCGCCCUGGCCCGUAUCGCCACAAAUUCGGGAGGACGCCGAGUUAUGUGGACAAUUUAUCAUGCCGCACUCGAAUACUAUGCUAUCCAGAUAUUGUUUUCCUGCCUUGGUGACAGCAAGAGUACAUUUUCUCCUUGGCUGGACAACACAUUGAGAGAUCUCCUUGGGAUCGCGUAUAAGGCGCUGGGAGAGAAGCCGGUCAUGGUGUAUCGGUACGCCUGGCCAUUAGCUGUGGCUUUGAUCAGGAUUCGUGACCCAAUCCAUAAAGAUUGGGUGGCUGCGCAGGUGAAGCGAGCAAGUGUUCUCAUUGGGAAUCCAGGCAUUCCAAAGCAUUUACUCGAGGAGAGCCCGCCACCAAAUACGCCACUCUUUCUCGGACUUCCGCAUCAGGGAGACUCUGAGGCACAAGAAAUAUGA